CGCUCGUUCGACACACUUCGGUUCAGUAGAGUUUUCGCAAUGGCUGCGUCGAGUGCUAAGAACACCAUCGAGCUGUUAGAUAGGAUCCUCAAGAUCCUGGAAGAAGAACAUGUGUUCGACCAGACUGGCGAUCAGCCCGUCGUGCGAUUUAUUUAUCCCGCACAUUUGAAUCGUUUAAUAUCUUUAUCUCUGGAUGAGGAGCCAGCCAGCGACAAGGAAAUCGAGACGAUCGUACGACAGAUCGUACGCUACUCAGUGAAGACGUCCAGUCCGCAUUUUCACAAUCAACUUUACGCCGGCGUCGACAAGUAUGGACUGGCCGGCUCCUGGUUGACGGAUGUCCUUAAUACUAGCCAAUACACCUACGAAGUCGCUCCGGUGUUUACGUUGAUAGAACGCAAACUGAUCGAUCAGUCGUUGGAGCUGGUAGGCUAUCCACAGACACCGCAGGGCGACGGUGUGAUGAGUCCAGGUGGCAGCUUAUCGAACAUGUACGGCAUGGUGCUAGCCAGAUACGAGUUAUUACCGCAAGUGAAGAAAAUGGGACUCAACGGGUGUCUACCUCUGGCGUGCUUCACCAGCGAGGACGGUCAUUACUCGAUUAUGAAAGGUGCCCAUUGGUUAGGCAUCGGCAUUGAUAAUGUCUACCAGGUCAAGACGGAUGAAUUCGGUCGCAUGGAACCGAGCGACCUGAAGAGAGCCAUAAAAAAGGCGAGGGACGAUUCUCAUAUACCGUUCUUUGUAAACGCUACGUGCGGUACCACGGUACUCGGCGCUUUCGAUCCACUGUUAGAAAUUGCCGAGAUCUGCCAGGAAGAGGGGCUCUGGCUGCAUGUUGACGCCUGUUACGGUGGUACCCUGCUGCUCUCGGAUAAGUACCGGCAUAAACUGCGAGGGAUCGAAUUAUCUAACUCAGUGUCUUGGAAUCCGCACAAGAUGCUCGGAGUGCCGCUCCAGUGCUCUUUGUUUUUGGUCAGAAGCAAGAACCGGCUGUACGAAGCGAACUGCGCCGGGGCCAAGUAUCUCUUUCAGCAGGACAAAUUGUAUGACGUUACCUGGGACACGGGAGAUAAGAGUGUGCAGUGUAGCAGAAAGGUCGAUGCCAUGAAAUUUUGGCUAAUGUGGAAAGCUCGUGGUACGAAGGGUCUUACGCACUCGGUGGACCAGGCGAUGAACUGCAAAGAAUACUUUUUGGAACGUAUCAAGAAUAUCGCUGGCUUCCGCUUGGUACUACCCGAGUAUGAAUGUACAAGUGUGUGCUUUUGGUACAUACCUCCGAGCAUGCGUGGGCAAGAAGAAACUCGUAAUUGGUGGGAUAAAUUAUAUAAGAUCACAUCUAAAAUAAAGGAGCUUAUGCUCUUGGAAGGAUCGCUUAUGGUCAGUUACAUGCCUUUGCCGACGAAAAACAUAGGCAAUUUCUUUCGUAUGGUGGUAAAUUGUCAACCACCGCCCACAGAAUCUUCCAUUGAUUAUGUCAUCAGUCAAAUUGAAAAAUUCGGAUCGGAUUUACGGUUAAGCAGUAUAUAAAUCUCUGUAUUUAUAAUCUUAAAGUAGUAUAUAAGAAUCGAUACAUUUCAAUAAGAGUGGGCGAUACCUGUUGAAAAAUAAUUGAUUAAUUUUUUAUGUAAAAUAUUUAAUAAAUAAUAUAUAUUAUAUAUAUAUUAUUUAUAUAAAAUAUAUAAUAUAUAUUAUUUAAUAUAUAAGUAUUAUUAAUAACGUCAAUAAUUAUCAAUAUUUAUCUACCAUAUAUAUAUUGAGAAGAAGACAGAGAAUCUAAUUAAAAAUAAAGAUCGAUCGGGCCUCAAUUCUUCUUUAAGAACAAUAGCGGCUCGUAGCGGAGACUUUGGAACUAAUUUACCCGCAAAUAAAGGGUCUAACGAAAUGAGUAACAACCGAUUAGUUUGACCCGAUAAAAAUUCGCUAAAACUGCUAACCUAAAGUCAACUAACGACGCUCUGAAAAACUCUUUAAGCUUAAGCAAUUUUGGUGUCGGAAAAAUAUGAUUUGCAUCUUGGAUAAGUAAAGUUUGAAUCUUGACUGAAUGAAUAAUGUUUGAAAUUAGUUCCAAAAUUUCCUCGCUGCAGUCGCUGCAGUCUUUAAUGAAAAACAGCAAAAAACAGCAAAAAUUGAAUAAACUUUUGUUUCUACUUAUUAAUAAUAAAUAACGAAUAAUUUCUAAGUUGAUAGUGAAUUAUAGUAGUGAAAAAUAAGCUUCAAGGCGACUAAAAAAUAUAUGUAGACACACGUAGAAACUGUGUGUUAACAGUAAAGUUUAAUGAUAAAACUUAAUAUUUAAUUUUGGAGAUUCGUUCUUACGGGGAGAUUGUGUAUAAAAAAUAGUGAAUCAUCAACUCGUUAAAAAAAGAUAUUGCCUUUAUUGCAAACGAGUGCGUUAGGUAAAUGCGUCGGGUACAAUAAUUAAUAAUUCGCGUACACGCGACCUUAAUAACAAAAUCUCCGUUGCACGACAGCGUCGUUACUUUUUAGAUUGUUGUUUCACAUUUCUUUUCGCACAAACCAAUUACAUAGGCUUAUACGCGAAUAACAUAAAUUGUAUGAGAUAUAUCCUAACAGAUCAAACUCCUCUAAUUGAUCGCCUUGGAAGACAUCACAACGAGUUUCAAAUGAAUUCACCAAUGAGCAAAUCAAAAUACGCCGAUAUACACGGGCACGGCAAGUAGGCGAUUGUUUUGACGGUCGCGUGCAUUAAACGUGAUGCGCGGGCGCGACUCAAUGUGAGCCAAUAUAAAACGCAAUCAUCGCGCAUUAUAUGUAUUUAGUCUUACGCAUCUAUUUAUAUAAUAUACGCCUUUCCGUCGUAGAAGUACGUUUAAGAAGACGCGCUUUUAUGUACAACUCCGUAUCAUGGCACUACGUUACUCGAAUAAAAAAUUCGAUAUUCAUGUAUGAAUAAAAACGAAAGAAACAAA